AUGCAGAAUCCCUCUUGCCUCCUUUAUCAGUCUGAAGAUGUUAGAAUCGGAGACGUGCCACUUCCAAUCAUCGAAGAAGAUCAUGAUGUGAUAAUCAGAAUCGCCUAUGUUGGUAUCAGCGACAGUGAUGUCCAACUCUGGCUUGAUGGCAGUGCCGAAUACUUAGUGUCAGAGGAAUACCCUCUUAUAAUGGGCCACGAAGCCUCAGGAAUCGUACACGCUGUCGGUCCGGCUGUGCAAAACCUCCAACCUGGCGAUGCCGUAACUAUAGAGCCAGGCAUAGCCUGUCGACUCUGUAGCCGUUGCAAACUAGGCAAGUACAAUCUAUGUCCUGAGAUGAGAUUUGCUGGAAGCCCACCUACGCAUGGCGCUCUGUCAAAGUACUUCAAGAUGCCUGCGGACUGCUGCUACAAGAUCCCGCCUAGUGUAGGCAGACCGUUCGGGUUGGACGAGGCGUGCCUGAUUGAGCCGCUGGCUGUGGCUGUGCAUUCUGUGCGACAAAUCGGCGUGCAGCCUGGUGAUAAAGUUAUUGUGUUUGGAGCUGGGACGAUCGGGUUGCUGUGUGCUGCUGUUGCGCGCGAACACGGUGCGAGUAUGAUUACUACUAUCGAUACUAGUCGCGAGAGACUGGAUACUGCGCACUCAUUUGUUCCGAAUGGGCGGUUGGCCUUUUCGUCUGUUUUGAUGAACCAUGCGCUUACGCCCUCUGAGAACGCGAGGUGUUUACGUGGGGCUAUGGAUCGUCAGUCAUAUUUGAGUGAGUCGGAUGUGCCGGGGUAUGAUGUGGCUAUUGAGACUUCUGGUAUGGAGAGCUACAUUCAGAUGGGGAUCUAUUCUCUGCGGGUUGGGGGGUCCUUUGUGCAGACGGGGUUAGGUCCGAAUGUGGACUUUCCUAUGUCGGCUGUUUUAGAAAACGAGGUUAAUAUGAAGGGGGCGUAUAAAUAUGGGCCGGGUGAUUUCAAGCUAGCUCUCGAGCUCGCCUUUACAAGGAAGAUUGAGUUGCAGUCUAUGAUCAAGAAGGUUGUGGCUUUUGAAAAAUUCGCCGAUGCUUUGGAAUUGAUUAGAAAGGGGAGCCUGAAGGGGAAAGUAUUAAUUCGCGGAGCUGGGUUUACAGAUGGGAUCGAUAGGGACAGUUCCGAAGAGAGAUAG